AUGUGUUGGGGCCUUGCUCGCAGAAAACGUGAGUCAAACACAUUUUGCUCAAAGAUGGCAACGUCAAUGCUAUCCAUGUCGACAGCGCUAUCACACAAGGCCGUUUGCUUUGAUCUCACGCAGAUAGCAUGUGCGUUUGCGAUCCUGAACUUCCGUUCAGACCCGUAUAUGGAAUUGGUCGCUGAUAAGAUUGGACACCUCAUGCAGGCUAAUCGGAAGACGGUGGAACAGUUGCCAGAUUGGGGCCUGUGUGCAGUGAGUUGGGCUUUUGAUCAGUUGUACCCAGCGCAGAGCGCUGAAAGCACAUUUGACGGUGUUUGGAACAAGCAGGGAACUAUCAAAGGAACGCGGAUGAUAGGGGAUAAUUGCAAUAAGGAUGGGGAGGGUGGGCCAGUCUAUACAUUGAACUAUAACGGCGAUGUGGCAUCAUUGCUUGCUAACGGGAUCGUGUACACAGGGAAGUUGGUGGGCGAUGGGAUCCGCAUUGAAUGGAGCGAUGGCGACAUAUGGGACAGGAUCAGGCCGCAGCCAUUUGCAGACUUCCAGGAGAAGUUGGCAUCUGAAAUUUCAAAGGAAAGCUCUCCCGCAGAGUGCCAGAGGCUCCGAAUGGGCCAGAACGCUGGCGUUCCGCCCGCACGUCUGCAUUAUGAGUUGGAGAGAUUUAGCAGCGCGGUGACGUUGAGAAGUCGAUAA